AUGGAGACGGAGGAUAGUAGGCUUAGCAGUUUCAUGCAGGAGAUACUGAUAAACGAGAAGAAAGUUUCAAUUAGGUGCCGUAUCUGCCAUGAAUGGGUUGGCGAGUCAGAGCAGCUGUGUAGUCCGUGUUUUUGCCGAGGAGAGCUGCAGCAUGUGCAUGAGGACUGUUUAAUUAAGUGGAUCUUCAAAACCGGCAAUCAACGUUGUGAGUUUUGUGGUCAUCGAAUUCGGCUGAGGCGGGUUUACAAGAAGUCACGGCCAAAACGACAGUGCCUUUGGGUGUAUGCCAAAGAAGUGGGCGCGAAUGUGCGGCGGUGGAUAUUGUUCGCAAGUGAUGAAGUGGUGGGCUUGGCUCUAUUCCAUGGAGUCUUUGCCUGCUGUGCUUGGGUGGUGGCGCCUUGGGUUUGGCCGACUGCAGAUCAGGAGCUAGCCCGGGGUGUGGUGUACUUGCAACUUUAUAUUCUGGGCGUGGUAGCUAGUUUGGUGGCCCAGAAAGGAGUUGGGGUGGCGCUGGUGUUGAGCCACUUAUUAUUGCGGGUGCAAAGGAAGAAGCCACAUCCUUGUCUCUUUGAGGAUGCGGAGUUUUCGGAAUGGAUGCAGGUAGUGGGCGAGGAGCCUGAAAAGAAGGACGAUCUGCUCACAGUAGUGGGCGUGAUUUCGCGGCUGGGUAUGUUUGCCAAUCAUCGCUUUUCUGAGAGGAUUCAGCUUGGCCAGACGAAAACACUAUCUCCCGACGAAACUUGUGCUAUCUUUGCGGUCAUUGUGAUGGAAGAAGAGAAUCUUCUUAGUCGUCGGGACCAGGUCGAUAACCUUGUGCAAAUGGCAGCUGCAAACUUUCGUGUGCUGGAAUGGAUAGUGUUGGGCUACCAAAGAAGUAGGAUAGUUCGGGCUUUAGUAGCUUUACUCACCCACCCAUUGCUACUGCUGGGUAUUUGCGAGUGCUGGAUGGGAGUUGAAAAAGGUCUGAGUUGGAUGGAAGGAAAGAUAGUGGCCUGGGCCGGGAUUGGAUUAGAAGGGCAAAGCGGGAUGGUAUUUUCGAUUGGGUUGAUUGGCCUUGGGUUAGAAAGUUUACUGGAACUAAGCCUGGCUGUAAUAGUAAUAGGCGGACUGCUGCUGAUAUUAUGGAUGCUACAACGGCCGCUGGGUUGGUUGGACAAGUUGCGAGUAACUGCCUACGCACUAGUUAAGGUGGUCGUACUAAAAACACUGGAAUGGGUGGCUCUGCCGUGGUGCGCAGGAGGAACAGGAGUGGCGCUGGUUAUGGCUGCAAUUGAUGGGAAAGGAAUAGGUAGUAGCACAGCGCGGGUUUUAGGAGUCACUUGCAAUCUUUGGUUUGUUGGGACGGGCCAUGGCCUUAUCUUUGGUAUGAACUGGCUGCUAGAACAGCUGGUGGUUAAGGUAUACCGGCAAGGACUCUUCUAUUGGAUGCUUCCUUUGCAAGGAAGUGGAUCACUAGAAAAGAUGAUGCGAGAAAGAUUGGGGCUUUCCUUACGGAGAAUAGCUUUGACCUAUUUGCAAGUCCUGGCUUUGGUUAUAGCUUUGACUGCGGGAGUAGGGUUGGCUAGAAUGCUGCUUUUUACGGGCCGGUUCUUCGGUAAGACUGGGCCGGUUUUGAAGAUAGAGACGUUUGGUCUUAAGGAUAUACAGGCGUGGCUUUAUUUAGGAGCAAUUGGGCGGAUGCUCUUUCUGGAAUCGGCCCAAGGAAUAGUGGUUCUGCUACUACAGAGAACAUUCGCACAAACGAAGGCAAUGGCUUUGCGUCUUAGACUGGGAUCUUUUCUCUUUGAUAUUCCACUUGACUCCAAUCAUGUGGAAGAGAAUGAUCCAGCUUAUCUGAAGUAUUUGCCGGCCUGUGCCAACAUAGAAUAUCGGGAAGAGGAGAUAGCCAAACGACAAGCGCUGGAAGUGACUUUAGCUGAAAAGCAGUUCUACUUCGACUAUAAGGGCGAGCGGAUUCAUCCGGCUUCGCAGGACCGGUUUUUAGAUGCCGAGAAAGACAACUGCUCCUGGAGUGAAAUAGUUGCUUUGGCCUCACGACCCCAGUUGCUGUACAAUCCGUCUUUCUUGCUCUAUCAUAUUCCAUCCUUCUUUGCGAUGAAACUAACGGCCUAUUGGGCUAGUGUGCUUUUGCUGCUGAUUGUUUAUAGUUUAGUGCUGAUGGUAAGCGCUUGUGGCGUUUGGGCGGCCGUUGCUGGACUUGUUUGGCUGGCGGCUGGCCUGGACUUGGCUGAUUACGUGCCAUUUGCGUAUCGGGUGUUCUUUUCUGUAGCAGUAGUUGGGUUUCUGGUUAAGAGAUGGCAGACAGUUCGACAGUCUGGCCGGAUUGCUUGGCGCCUCAAGAAUAUAACUAGGAUUGGAUUAAGAUGGACUCUUCGACUGCUUGUCUGGCUGCCUAUUUCUCUGAGUAUUAUUGCUAAGUCAUUAUUACUCUUAUUCCCAGAGAUUAUUCAAGCUCUUAUGCCGGCUACACUGGCUAGAACAAGUUGUUUAACCCAAGUCUUGUUGGGUGUAGUAGCUAUCAAUACUAUCAUAACUGGCACUUUUAUUGAGACCGAGUUUCUAAGGAAAGUAGCCUUCUUUUUAGUCUCACUCGUUCUAGCCGACGCUCUACUAUUCAAAACCUUCAUUGGCCCUCCACGUCUCUUUUUACGCCUCCUACUUAUAACUCUACCUUUCUUAACCGUCUACACCGCUCUAUCCCUUCGCCUCAUAUCACGAUUGUGUGGCAUCUUAAGCAACAAAGUACUUUCUGAUCUCUAUGUGGAACGAAUAGAAGUCAUUUCUAAAGACCAUCACAAGAAACACUCAUGA